CCGCAUUGAUGCUGUUACCUCCCUCGGCGGUGACGUCACCGCCCUGAGGUUCGCCACAGCAUCCUCCUCCGACACAACCAUUUUGGACGCCACCACCCAGACCCAAGUCAUCUUGACGGCGGCCCACACGGCCACCACCUACCCCGCGAAGGCACCUCCUUUCCCGGGUCGAUAGAGGACACCGAGUCCUUCCGUCUUGAUGGAGGCUGCUCGUAGGCGGAAAGGAUCCAUUUGAAAAUACGACGGAGCCCCACACUCGGUGCUAACAUCACAGCUGCGCCGGUCCAAAUAAGUCAGCAAGAAACAGGCACACCCCGGGUGCUAAUAAAAGCAGUGCACCAUGUCAGGGGCCUCUGUGAAGGUGGCGGUCCGAGUCCGCCCUUUCAACUCUCGGGAGAUGAACAAAGACAGCAAAUGCAUCAUCCAGAUGUCGGGAAACACCACCACCAUCAUCAACCCUAAGCAGGCCAAAGACAACAAGAGCUUCAAUUUCGAUUACUCCUACUGGUCACACACCUCGCCCGAGGAUGUGAACUACGCUUCUCAAAUGCUGGUCUACAAAGACAUCGGCGAAGAAAUGCUGCUGCACGCCUUCGAGGGUUACAACGUUUGCAUCUUUGCGUACGGCCAGACGGGCGCUGGCAAGUCCUACACCAUGAUGGGCAAGCAGGACGUCAAAGAUCAACAAGGCAUCAUCCCGCUGCUUUGUGAAGACCUCUUUACCAAAAUCAAUGACAACGCAGACAACAGCAUGUCCUACUCUGUGGAGGUGAGCUACAUGGAAAUCUACUGCGAGCGUGUGCGCGACCUUCUCAACCCCAAGAACAAAGGCAACCUGCGGGUACGCGAGCAUCCGCUGAUGGGGCCCUACGUGGAGGAUCUGUCCAAGCUGGCCGUCACCUCCUACAAUGACAUUCAGGACUUGAUGGACUCUGGCAACAAAGCCAGGACGGUGGCUGCUACCAACAUGAACGAGACCAGCAGUCGCUCGCAUGCCGUUUUUAACAUCAUCUUCACACAGAAACGCCACGACGCCGACAGCGAAAACACCUCUGAGAAGGUUAGUAAAAUCAGUUUGGUGGAUUUAGCAGGCAGCGAGAGAGCUGAUUCCACUGGAGCCAAAGGGACCAGGCUGAAGGAAGGAGCCAACAUCAACAAAUCUCUAACCACAUUGGGAAAAGUCAUCUCCGCUUUGGCAGAAGUGGACUCUGGAUCAAACAAGAACAAAAAGAAGAAGAAAGUGGAAAAUUUCAUUCCUUAUCGCGAUUCGGUGCUGACUUGGCUGCUCCGAGAGAAUCUCGGCGGCAACUCUCGCACAGCCAUGGUGGCUGCUCUGAGCCCGGCGGACAUCAACUAUGACGAGACUCUCAGCACACUCAGGUAUGCCGACCGCGCCAAACAAAUCCGCUGCAACGCCGUCAUCAACGAGGACCCCAACAACCGGCUGGUGCGCGAGUUGAAGGAGGAGGUGUCCCGCCUCAAAGACCUGCUCUUAGCCCAGGGCCUGGGGGACAUCAUCGACACAUUUCGAGGCACUGCUGCUGAGAUUGAGGGUUUGAAACUGACCAACGCCAUGACGGGCAUGAGUCCGUCGCCAUCACUGUCAGUGCUUUCUAGCCGCGCCGGCUCCAUCGCCAGCCUGCACGACCGCAUCAUGUUCAGCCCGGCCAACGAGGAGGCCAUCGAGCGUCUGAAGGAAACUGAGAAAAUCAUCGCAGAGCUCAACGAGACGUGGGAAGAGAAACUUCGUCGGACUGAAGCCAUUCGAAUGGAACGAGAGGCCCUUCUAGCCGAAAUGGGCGUGGCCAUGCGCGAGGACGGCGGCACAGUCGGUGUCUUCUCCCCCAAGAAGACGCCCCAUCUGGUGAACCUGAACGAGGACCCUCUCAUGUCCGAGUGCUUGCUCUACUACAUCAAAGAUGGAAUCACCAGGGUGGGCCGCGUGGACGCCGCAAGCCGCCAGGACAUCGUUCUAAGCGGCCACUUCAUCAAGGAUGAGCACUGCACUUUCACCAGCUCCACCGGCCCGCAAGGAGAAACCGUUGUCCUGGAGCCCUGCGAAGGAGCCGAGACCUACGUCAACGGCAAGAGAGUGACGGAGGCCACAGUCCUUAAAUCAGGAAAUCGUAUCAUCCUGGGCAAGAGCCACGUGUUCCGUUUCAACCACCCCGUGCAGGCACGGGCCGAGAGGGAGAGGACCCCGUGCGUGGAGACCCCCGCGGAGCCCGUCGACUGGGCCUUUGCUCAGAGGGAGUUGCUGGACAAGCAAGGCAUCGACAUGAAGCAAGAGAUGGAGCAGAGGCUGCAAGAGCUGGAGGAUCAAUAUCGCAAAGAGAGAGAGGAGGCUAACAACCUGCUGGAGCAGCAAAGACUGGAUUAUGAGAGCAAGCUGGAGGCUCUUCAGAAGCAGGUGGAUCUUUAUCACCCAGAAGCUCCCGAGGAAGAGGAGGAGCCAGAAGAAGAAGUCCAGUGGAGCGAGCGUGAAAGAGAGCUAGCCGAGUGGAGCUUUCGCAGGUGGCGCUGCUACCAGUUCACCUCCCUGCGGGACCUCCUGUGGGGCAACGCCAUCUUCCUCAAGGAGGCCAACGCCAUCAGCGUGGAGCUCAAAAAGAAGGUUCAGUUCCAGUUCGUGCUGUUGACCGACACCCUCUAUUCGCCGCUCCCGCCGGACCUGCUGCCGCCCGAUCCCGGCAAAGACCGCGAGAGGCGAAUCUUCCCGCAAACCAUCGUGGCUGUGGAGGUGCAGGACCAGAAGAAUGGAGCCACUCACUACUGGACACUCGAAAAACUCAGGCAAAGACUUGAUCUGAUGCGGGAGAUGUACGACCGUGCCGCCGAGGUCCCCCCCGCCACUGCCGUUGUCUCCUCAACGCGUUCCAAUGUCACCGCAGAUGACAGUGAAAGCGCCACGACGGGCCGCGACCCUUUUUACGACCGCUUCCCGUGGUUCCGACUGGUGGGCAGAAAUCCUCUUUUCAACACGUGCAUGAGUGAGCGCAUGAGCGACCCCACCCCGUCCCCCACCCCCUCCGCCUCCGAGACCACCGACUCCCCUCAGCGGGAGGCUCGCGGCGGCGAGGACGACCAAUCGGAGGAGCUGGACGAUGAUAUCUUUUUGGAUGAGCCGAGCUCGGAGCUGGUGGGGGAGGAGGAUGAUGAUGAGGAUGAGGAGGAGGAGGAGGAGCGAGAACUGUGCCGAGGCUCCAGCGAAGGCCAGGAUCCCUUUUACGACCGCUCGCCAUUAUUCAGUGUAGUGGGAAGGUCAUUCGUGUACUUGAGCAACCUGCUGUACCGCGUUCCCUUGGUUCACCGCGUGGCCGUCGUGAGCGAGAAGGGCGACGUGAAGGGCUUCCUCCGCGUGGCGGUGCAGGCCAUAUCGGGUAAGACUCAGCAACGGGCUAAAAGUGGGAUUGGCUGUAAAUGGCGUCGUUUCCGCCCUCCAGCCGAUGAGGAAGCGCCCGACUACGGCUCAGGGGUGCGACAGUCUGGCACUGCCAAGAUCUCCUUUGAAGAUCAACAAUACGAAAAGUUUCAGUCAGAGUCCUGCACAGCCGGACUUUCCCGCACUGGAGGAUCCCAGGAGGAGCUUCGUAUUGUGGAGGGCGAGGGGCAGAGUGCUGAGACGGGACCUUCGGCCGAUGAAGUCAACAAUAACACAUCCGGUGGUGAUAUGGACGACGUAGCAGUGAAGUCGGGACCGGACGGCCAAGUGGACGUGACGGCGGAGCAUCUGAAGAUUGGGAACAUUUUCACCUUCCGUGUGACUCUGCUACAAGCAUCCAACAUCGCCGCUGAGUAUGCUGACAUCUUCUGCCAGUUCAAUUUCAUCCACCGACACGAUGAAGCCUUCUCCACGGAACCCUUGAAGAACCCGGGCCGUGGACCCCCGCUGGGCUUUUACCACGUACAGAAUAUCGCCGUUGAAGUGACCAAAUCGUUCGUGGACUACAUCAGCACUCAGCCCAUCGUGUUUGAGGUGUUUGGACACUACCAGAAACAAGCUUUCCUUCCUCUCUGUAAAGAUGUCAUCAGUCCACUGCGGCCCUGUAGGAGACAGUUCCCCCGUGUGAUGCCUCUGUCUAAACCAGUUCCGGCCACCAAGCUGACGGCGGUGGCUCGCCCGCAAGUCGGACCGUGCCACUGCAAGUACGACCUGAUGGUUUUCUUUGAGAUCUGUGAGCUGGAAGCCAACGGAGACUACCUCCCUGCUGUGGUGGACCACAGAGGAGGAAUGCCUUGUCAUGGCACUUUCCUCUUGCACCAGGGUCUCCAGAGGAGAAUCACUGUCACUAUCGUGCACGAGUCUGGCGGCGAUAUCGAAUGGAGAGAUGUGCGAGAGCUCGUUGUGGGGCGACUCCGCAACACCCCUGAAUGUGACGAAAGUAUCGUGGACCCCAACAUUCUGUCCCUCAACAUUUUGUCUGCCGGCUACGUCAGGCCCUUGCACGACGACAGACAGUUUCUUGAUUCGGACAUGCCUAGCAUCUCCCGUCGGGGACUUGAUCCGAGGACGUUCUACCGCUUCGAGGCGGCGUGGGACAGCUCCAUGCACAACUCCUUGCUCCUCAACAGAGUCACCCCCUAUGGCGAGAAGAUCUACAUGACACUCUCGGCUUACUUGGAGCUGGAGAAAUGCACACAGCCGGCCGUGGUGACCAAAGAUGUCUGCAUGGUCUUCUACUCUCGCGACACCAAACUGUCCGCCUCGCGUUCCAUUCGGAACCUUUUCGGCACCGGAAGCUUGAGAGCGGCCGAUGGAAACCGAGUGACAGGCGUGUACGAGUUGAGCCUGUGCCACUUGGCGGACGCGGGGAGUCCGGGCAUGCAGCGGCGCAGGCGGCGAGUGCUGGACACGUCGGUGGCGUACGUCCGCGGCGAGGAGAACCUGGCCGGUUGGCGGCCUCGCAGCGACAGCCUCAUCCUCGAGCAUCAAUGGGAGCUAGACAAGCUCAGCUUGCUUCAAGAAGUGGAAAAGACCAAACAUUUCCUGCUGCUGCGGGAGAAGCUGGAGUCCACCCUACUGCUGGCCGGUCAGGGGGCUCAGCAACUGGUGGAGGAACCAGGCGAGCCGUCUCCGCCCACCCGGGUUGAUCUGGAAGUCUGCGCCGCAUCAGACAUCACCACUGAGAGGCAACGGGAGCUCGCCACCAAGUGUCUGCGGCUGCUCACUCACUCCUUCGACAGGGAAUACACUCACGUGUGCGUCAGCGCCAGUGAAAGCAAGAUCUCAGAGAUGUCCGUCACCACGCUGAGAGACUCGGCCUCCAUCUCUGCCCUCAACACCAUCACGCCCUCGUCCACCUGCCCUUCCCUGGUGGAGGGUUGCUAUGACAACGCUGCUCUCAGACCUCCCGCUCCUCGCUCUCGCGCCGUCAGUCCGAGUCCCGAAGCGCAGCCGGACGGCGAAGCCAAGAAGUGCGUGGGCGCAACCACGGAAGGGAAACCUCGCAUACGUCGAUUUGUCCCCGACAUCCAAGAGAUCCGAGUCAGCCCUAUUGUGUCCAAAAAGGGUUACCUGCACUUCCUGGAGCCGCACACCAACGGCUGGGUGAAGCGUUACGUGGUGGUGCGCCGGCCGUACGUCUACAUCUACAACACGGAGCGCGACGCCGUCGAGCGCGCCAUUCUCAACCUCUCCUCGGCGCAGGUCGAAUACAGCGAAGACCAGCAGGCCAUGCUCAAGACCCCCAACACGUUUGCCGUGUGCACGGAGCACCGCGGAAUAUUGCUUCAAGCCACAAGUGACAAAGACAUGCACGACUGGCUGUAUGCCUUCAAUCCUCUCCUGGCGGGGACUAUCAGAUCCAAGUUGUCCAGAAGACGAGUGGGACAGAUGAGGAUGUGAUGGAAAAGACUUGAGGUGUACAUAGACCACCGCCCCCGCCCCCCCCCCCCUUUCCUCCGCUCUGCUAGCGUUCCUCGACGCCAUCUCGUGUCAAGACUUUUCUAAUCAGUCCAGUAGUCAGACUCCAUAUGUGUGGUGAUGUCAUGUAGUCGUCGUGUCAGUGGCGCAUCCGGCCUUAUACAUACAAUAGUACAUGCCUGUGUGCGUGCGAGGAAGAAAGAAAGAAAAUUGAAGUUUGGGCAAAGGUACUAUUUGGGUAUCGUGAGGAAACUGGAGUGGGAGGUAAGAAAUUUGCAGUGUGAACAAAAGUAUUGUGAUCAAAUGACAAGUUUUUCAAAAGUAUUGGCACAGCCUGGAAACAAGAACAUUUGGACAACGAGAUUCCGACAGAUAAGCAGCGGAAAAUAAAAUUCGGACAAAUGUGUCGGGACAUGCAGAAAAGAUGAUUUGAGGUUUUUGCAAAAGUAUUGGGACAUCUACCAAUCUUUAAAGGGAGGGGAGGCAAUUUUAGCAGAAGUAUUGGGACACCAAUAGGAAAUGAACGUUUAAUUUGGAAAACAUAUUGCACCAUUAAUGAAGAUAAUUUUCCUUUUUACUGUCCAGCAUGCUUUUUGGGAAAAUCAACUUCCUUCAACCCCCUGACCGAUUAAUUGAUAAACAUGUCCUAAUACUUUUGUCUCUGUAUGCGGAAAAAAUGUCUUUAACAGAUAACUCUUUUUUUUUUUUGCCAUUUCUCUGACAAACUGUCUCACACGCUGCCUAUCAUGUUUGCAUAUCUGCACUCGCACGACACAACAGCGACGCCACGGUCAUCCUCACAAUUUCAAACCGCUCCCUUUAUUUUUGUCUAAUUUAUUUCUGUCUGCAUGUAUUUAUUUAUUGACAAAGACGUUUACAGUAUAUUUAUAAAGUGGUGCAAUUUCUGCACGCGGCACUUUGUAAGACGCUCCCUCCCAUGUUGCUUUGCAAAUAAUCACACAACCACACUUUACUUGAAUGAAUCUCCUCCACAACUUUACGUUGUCAGGCAAGUAGGAAAUAGUAUAAAAUCUUCAACUAUAUAUAUCUUGUAUUAAGUGCAUAUGGAUGACGUGUAGUGCCUCUUGGUUGCGUUCUAUCGAACAACCUUCACGCUGCUAUUUGUACUCUUUAUCACCACAUCAUCAUGUGUUAUGUCUACACUUUAAUAUUUGGAAUAUAGCAGAAUCUCCAAAGUGGAAAAUGAUUUGUUCGAUAUUUAAAUAUUUAUUACAAAUGAAAUAAUUUUGAAUUAAAUGUUAUGUUUAUAUUUUAUUAUUUUUAGUUUUAUUAUUAUAAAUAAUUUAACAUUUAUUACAUUGUCCCAUUUUUAACGGACUCAGGAGGUUCUGCUGUAUUCUACUCAAGUCCACUGCCCCCGCCCAAACGUAAAUGUAAGAUUUUUCUUUUAAACAUUUAAUCACAUUUUCACAUGUUUUGAGUGUGCAUCAGAUCAGCCAACCUGCAUGCACACUCACAAAAGUGUUUCUUUUCAUUAUACCACAAUUAACAUUUUACAAUUGACAUUUUAAACCAUUUACACCAACUUCCACCUAACAUUAAUUGUCCAUAAAAAUUAAAUAACAAUAGAAUCACUGUCCAAGGCCUACAAUCGUGUACAUGUUCAUUCAUAUGCAACUUAUUGACAUUUUACAACUUUGCAUGUUCCUCUUCAACAUAAGUGCUUCAUCAGGGCUUUUCAUGCGUGUCACACUGGAUCCAACCAAAGUUGUUUCAGUCACUCAACACUGAAUGUAUAAACCACAUUUUUAAACUGCUACCACUACUGAAGUGCUUGUGUGUACGUACGUGCGCUCCCAUAUGACCUUCAGCGUGUGUUGCGGCACCACUGUUGUAAUAUGCACCCUUUAGCCGUCAUCCAUUUUCUAUCGCCCUCUGCUCUGAAUGACAAAUAGCAAUUUUUGUGCUUCCACGUUUAUUUCUUUUUUUGUUUUUUUAAAAAACGACAUUGCAAUGUAUAUAAUAAACACAAUUGCUGUGAAAGGUGUGUAUCAUAUCAUCAAGCGGCCGAGAUCUUACUGUAAAUGGGCUGUAGAGUUCAGUGUGUGUCUUUUUCCGAGCGUCGGAGUUUAAGCGUCCAAAUGUUUGUGCGUGUAUGUUUGCACUGGAACACAUUGUCAUAUAUGAAAUCAAAAUAAAAAUAAUGAUGCAACAC